AUGGCGAACAACCAUCGAGCAAAAGCGCAAAUCACCAGCUAUAUUUGGAAUACAAUUUGGAUUCCUUUAUGGCAUCACGUCAAGUGCAUUACCAACGGCGUGUGGCCCGACUAGAGCUGGACAAGCAUAUCAGACGUCAAGUUGCCGCACAUCAAGUGGCCCGUGAUAUGACCCUACUCGAAAAAGAAAUUCCAAAAGCACAACAGACCAUCGUGUAUGCAUUGGGUGACGCAAAAAUCGGUGCAAAUUCGCCGAUAAAGGGACACUGCAGAACACCACAGGCCUUCAUAACGCAUACCAUUGAUCGAUAUUGUCGCAUAAUGGCAGUUCAUGAGCCAGGAACAUCGAUGCUCUGUAGUCGUGAUCAUGAUAUCUUAGACCAACCAUUGCACCGCGAAAGACCGGAGAAUAUGAAUCCAAAGGAUCGUUUCUUAGUUUGCAACAACUGCGAACCGGCCCUUAACCAUGUUCUCCCACCACCAAAUGAGUGGAUAGGCAAAAUUCAUCAUACAUUCCGAUCAAAACAUCGCCUUGAAUUGGAACCGAAUCUCAAGCAUUAUGGACAUUCUAUCGCGAAUCAACAAUACAAUGGACGCAAGCAAACUAUUGUUUUUGACCGUGAUCUGAAUGCAUCACGCAACAUGAUAUACAAAUCAUUGUGUAUGAUACAAGAUAUUCCAAUCAAUGGUGAUUUCAAUCGGAGUGCUGCCUAUUUACGACAACGGGCGGCUAAUGCUGCCGCUCAUUAAAUGAAUAUCCUCCUCGGCCGUCUCCCGUAGUUUACUCCGUCUAAGAGUAAUUUACGUGUCAGAACGCGAUUCUCAACACUACUACCAAAUCUCAAAUUAAAGCAAUGUUGUUGCAAAUGUGUGACGAUUAUUUUGCUCUUAAACUAUACAUAUUUGAUUUUCAUUAUAUGUUUCCAUUACUUCCAUUACGUUCCAUUACAUAUUGAUUAAUUCCCAUUAUUUCCAUUCUUUUCUUUGUGAUUAACCCUAGGCAAU